AUGAGAGCAAGUCGUGGCCUCUCCAUGGCAGUGAGUGAUUGUGAAUUACUGACACUGCUGAGGGUCUUCAUGCAGACCAACGGCUCUUAUCUGAUUGGUUUGCUGGAGUUUGGAGGAGUUUGUCAGAUGGGUGAAAACCGCAGCCGCUCCAGAUCCAGGAGUACUGCUUUCAUCCAGGCAGCUGUUCAGGACGUCUGGACACAUGAUGGUGAUGGUGAAACCCAGACCGUGAGCCAAGAGCUUGACGGAUUUCUCGCACCUCUGCCUUCCCUGUUGGCCGAAUCUGUGUCAACAGAUCAGGGUAACAGGAAGAGGAAGCGGCAGAGCGGCAGCCAGCAAACGCCAGAAGAUGAACGUCCGUCCACCUCAUCUAGAAGAGCUUUCAAACGCUCUCGCAGAGACGCGUAUGAAAAGGGCCCACUGCUGGGAGAAGGUGGAUUUGGCUCUGUGUUUGCUGGGAUGCGCAGGUCUGAUGGACUGCCAGUCGCCAUCAAGUAUGUGUCUAAAGAGCGGACAGAGAGGAGACUGAGAGUUGAAGGUCAGGGUCGGCUGCCGCUGGAGGUGGCACUGAUGACCCGCGUCACUUCAGCUCCUGCCUGCCCCAAUGUCCUGAAGCUGCUAGACUGGUUUGACUGUCCCAGACGCUACAUCCUGAUCCUGGAGCGUCCGGAUCCCUGCCAAGACCUCCAGAGCUUCUGUGAGGAGAACGGCUGUCUGGAUGAGCGUCUGGCCAAGAAAGUGCUGGUGCAGCUGAUCGCGGCUCUGAAACACUGCGAGAGCCGCGGAGUCCUGCACCGGGACGUCAAGCCAGAGAACCUGCUGAUCUCCACAGAGUCCCAGGACAUCAAGCUGCUGGACUUCGGCUGUGGAGAUCUGCUCAAGCGCUCGGCCUACAAAUACUUCUCAGGAACUCUUCAAUACGCUCCACCUGAGUGGUUCUGCAGACAGCGCUAUCAUGCGGCUCCAGCUACCGUGUGGUCAGUAGGAGUGACCCUCUUCAACAUCCUGUGCGACCGUUUCCCUUUCAGAGGUGCACUGAGGGUCACGUCCAGAAGCAAACUGACCUUCCCCAGAAAUCUGUCAACAGGUAAGAGACUCGCUGAGAGAUCAGCAGAAGUGGGUUGCUCUGUGUUUCUGAAGACGGUGUUGUGUGUAUCAGAGUGCCGUCAGCUGAUUCGCUGGUGUCUCAGUCCAGCGGCGGCUGAUCGGCCCAGUUUGGACGAUAUUGAGCGUCAUCCCUGGUUACAGUCAGCAGGUGGCCAGUGA